CCCCUUUGUUUCGCCACCUCAACGCUUGGCGUCAACGCACUGUCCGGCAACGCGCCGCCGCGAUGAACUUCCCAGUGCCAUGGCGUGCGCUUCUGCCGGUCGAUGCAGUGUCCACCUUCUCGGGCGCGGAUGGCCUGCGGGAGAUCUGCGACCUCACCGGCGCAGGCUGCGAGCUCUCAGGGGAUGGCGAUGUGCCUGCCUCGCUUGCUGACAAGAUCCUGACAAUCAGUGGGAAUGUGGAGCAAAAGGAGGCGGCAUGCCGGCGAGUGGUGGACAAGCUGCGGGUUCUACAAGAUGUGGUGGACCAGGAGCCUGGUGUCUUUGUGAUUAUUGUGCCCUCCAGCGCGGCCCCAGCGGUGAUUGGCACCAAAGGCUCUCAAAUCAAAGAGGUCAUCGAGCUCUCUGGCGCUGAAGUGUCCGUUGCCAAAGAGAGCAUCAUUGGGAUGAAUGACCAGCCGAUUGGUGUGACGGGUACCGGCGGUCAAGUGGUAUCAGCGGUCAGCAAGAUCAAUGCCAUUUUGCAAGACCUCGCGGACCGUGGCCGACUUCAGCCCACAGACUUUCGGUAUCGUCCAGGAAGUGUACAGGACCCAGGCAGUACGACCUUCAGCGCGACCCGGGCGCCGCCCACUGGAGGGAACCCACGGACCAAUGCCAAGUUCGUGGUGGCAACUCAGGUGGCCGGGUGGAUCAUCGGCAAGCAGGGCCGGCACAUCCGCGAGCUGCAGGACAACAGUGGCGCCCAUAUUCAGGUCAUGAAGGAGGGGGAGGUACCGCCCGGGGUCCCCGCCACAGACCGCAUCGUAGAGAUCGGUGGGCGGCCUGACGCCAAGGCCGAAGGUAUACAAAUCAUCCUCAUUGCCGUUGACAGCAUGCCCGCCAUGUCAGCGCCCCGGGAGACCUUGAUGCUCAUCCCAAGGCCGCUGACGACGGAGGCCGAAGUCAAGGAUGUGCAACAGAUGUCAGGCUGCGAGAUCGAGGUCCGUGAUCUGCCCUCACAUGAUGAGGGCCUCUGCACCUUGAUUGGCACCUUAGAAGCUCGUGUGAAGGCGGCGCAGCAAUUCCUGAAGCGUUUGGAAGAGGUCAUUGGUGAUGGGCCCAUGCCUUCCUCCUUCCCGCCUGCAGCACCCAGGGAGGAGAAGACGGAGGCCAAUGACUGGUCCAAGGCACCUUUGAGCGACCGAAAGGAGGAUGAUCCUUGGAGUCGGAGCGAUCCGUGGAGCCGAGGUGCAGCAACCGGCGUGAAGGAGCCUGCCAAGCCCCGGGAGGAGGCCCGGGUCACCUUUGACAACCAUCCUCAGGUCACGAACAUCCAAGCCAGUUAUGCCCCGCGAGAGCCGGAGAUGAGCUUCGGCCCUGGCUCCCGCACAGGCACAGCACCCAUGUCCUUCUCCCCAAACACCAACGGCACGGCUCCCACCAACGGCUCGAACUUUGCUCCAAGUGGUACCAGCAUGAGUUUCAGUCCCGAUCCAGGAAAGACUAGCUUCCCAGGUAAGAUGAGCUUCAGCCCGAACGAGCCAGGCAAGAUGAGCUUCGGUCCUCAGGAUCCACCGGGAGGCAAGAUGAGCUUUGGUCCAAGCGACCCUCCAGGCAAGAUGAGCUUCGGCCCCACAGAGCCUUCAGGCGGAGGAAAGAUGAGCUUCAGCCCCAAUGAACCAGCCGGAGGGAAGAUGAGCUUCAGCCCCAACGAUCCACCCGGUGGAAAGAUGAGCUUCAGCCCCAACGACCCUCCGGGAGGCAAGAUGAGCUUCGGCCCGACCGAGUCCUCCGGAGGAAAGAUGAGUUUCAGCCCCAAUGAUCCUCCAGGAGGAAAGAUGAGUUUUGGCUCCAGUGAACCAUCAGGAGGCAAAAUGAGCUUCAGCCCCAACGAUUCGGGAGGGAAGAUGAGCUUUAGCCCAAACGAUCCUCCCGGAGGAAAGAUGAGCUUCAGUCCAGAACCUGCUGGCGCCCCAACUGGAGGAAAGAUGAGCUUCAGUCCUGAACCUGCUGGAGGAAAGAUGAGUUUCAGCCCCAACGAGCCUUCAGGCAAGAUGAGCUUCGGGCCUAGCGAAGGCUCUGGAGGCAAGAUGAGCUUUGGGCCUAGCGAACCCUCUGGAGGCAAGAUGAGCUUUGGGCCCAGUGAGCCUUCAGGAGGGUGUGUGACCCCGCGAGGUCGUUUCGACGGAGGACCCUCCAAGACGGCCGAGUCUACAGGCAAGCUGAGCUUUGGUCCCAACGAUCCUCCUACAGGUGGCGACAGUCGAGGAGUGAACCCCUUUGGACAGAUGGGUGGCAUGGGGCCCAUGGGCAUGGGCAUGGGUUUGGACAGCGAGUUCAUGUUCCGGGCCGCCCUGCAACAAGGGAUGCGCCUCGGCCGGG